GCUCAAGAACCAAGGGGUGGGAUCGGUUGCGACCCUUGCCUUUGGGCGAGGCACCAUUUGCCCACAGGACGCGCCGGACCGUGAUCCGGACCCCGCGGAUUGAUUGAUUUUUUUCCCGAUGGAGGCGUUGAAGUCCCAGAUCGCGAGGCUGGAGAAGGAUCUGACGCUGGCCCAGACCAGCGCUGAGACUCGCGUAGCAGGACUUGCGAAAGAGCUGGCAAAGGUGCGAGAGGAGAAGAAUGAGGUGAAGGUGAACUUUGAGCUGGAGCAGCGGCGCUGGAAAGCAAUCCUGGCGUCGAUACAGGAAGAUGAGGCUGUGAAGGAUGCGGGCUACAACUUGGGGGCUGUAGCUGAAGGGCUGGCCGCCUUGAGGCAGCGCAAGGACCAGCUGGAGGCAGACCUUCAAGCAACACAAGCGUCGCUGGACGAGCGCGUGAAGGAGAUGUCCGAGCAGCUGCAGGCCCUGCAGCAGGGCAAGGAGGAGGCAGAGGCGCGGGCUGAGAGCUCGGCAACUGCGGCUGCCAACUUGGAGCAGCAGUUGCGGGAGUCCAAGGAAGAGUACGUGGCCGCCAAGGCAGAGCUGCAGGCGGCCAGCGGCGCCCAGGCGGCGCUGGAAGCCGAAGCGCUGGAGCGGAAGGCCACCAUGGAGGCUUUGGAGGAGCAGCUGCAGCAGAUGAAGGAGGCGCUCCAGGCGCGGGAGGAGGCGAAGGCCGGCAUGGAGCUGGAGCUGCAAAAGGCCAAGGAGGCAGAGGCCGCGGUGACGCAAGAGCUGGAGCAGUCGAAGGCCGUGGCAGAGGCUUGUGAGGAAAUCAAGGCUUCGCUGGCGGCCAAAGUCAAGGAACUGGAGGAAGAGCUCAAGUGCAAGAAGGAAUCCAAGGAAGAGCCAAAGGACUUGGAGGCGCUGCCGAGCUUCUGUGAGGAGGAGGAGGAGGAGCCCCAAGCAGAGGCCAAGGGCGCAGGCGAAACGGACAAGGAGAUGUCCGAGCAGCUGCAGGCCCUGCAGCAGGGCAAGGAGGAGGCAGAGGCGCGGGCUGAGAGCUCGGCAACUGCGGCUGCCAACUUGGAGCAGCAGUUGCGGGAGUCCAAGGAAGAAUGCGUAGCCACCAAGGCGGAGCUGGGUCAGUGCCGCGCUGACUUGGAGCGAUUGCAGAGCAGCGGCUCCUUGGAGGCCAAGGCGGCGCUGGAGGAGCUGCAGGAGCGCCAGGCCACCGUGGAGGCGUUGGAGGGCCGGCUGCGGCAGGUGAAGGAGGCGCUCCAGGCGCGGGAGGAGGCGAAGGCCAGCGUGGAGCUGGAGCUGCAAAGGGCCAAGGAGGCGGAGGCCAAGCUGACGGAAGAGCUGGAGCAGUCCACGGCCACGGUCUCAGCUGCGGAGGAGGCCAAGGCGGAGCUGACGAGGAAGCUUCAGGACAUGGCGGAUCGCCUUCGGGACCUGGAGACGAAGAAGGGGGAGGUGGAGGCGGAGCUGCAGAGCUACCGGGCCGCCUCCGAAAAGGAGCAGAAGUCGACCAAGGAGGUCUCGAGGGAGGACCUCGAGUGGCUGCCGACCUUUUGGGAGGAGGAUGAAGAUGAGACCGGAGGUCAGGUGGAGGCGCAGCCGGGCGGCCCGGAGCAGGCCCAAGCGGCGUUGGAGGCUCUGGAGGACCAGCUGCGGCGCACGCAGGGCGCCGCCGAGGCGCGGCAGGAGGCGAAGGCCAGCGUCGAGGAGCGGCUGCAGAGGGCCGAGGAAGCGGAGUCCGCGGUUUGGGCGGAGCUGCAGCAGGCCCAGGCCGCGGUUUUGGCGGCGGAGGAGACCAACGCGGCGCUGGCGGCGAAGGUGGAGGAGUCCAAGGAUGCUGUGGAGGCGGCCGAGCGCUUCAAGGCAGACUUGCAGCCCAGCCUUGAGAGCUUCAAGGACCGGAUCCUGGCGCUGGAGGCGCAGCUUCAGAGCGGCGACCAACCUGUCCAGGAAGCAGGCAGAGGCGCAGGCGAAGGGAAUGGAGGCGACGACGUGCACGGGCGCAGUUGGACGUGUUGUGCCAAGCGUCGGCCGCAGGAGGCCACGUCCAUGGAAGAGCUCGGCUUCCGCCUGGAGGGCCUCACGAGGCGGGCAAGCACCUGGAACCGGGCCAGAACCCAGGCAGAGGCCAAGAUGGAGAUCUUGGCCGCGUCCGCGGCUGCCGCGGAGCAACGGUUGCAGGAGGCAAAGGAGGAGGGCCAGACAGCAAUGGUGGAGCUGGCGCAAUCCCAAGCCGAGCUCCGCACGGCCGCGGCGGCGGAGGCCGCGGCCAGCGUGAGGCUGGCGCAGUGCGGCGCCGCGGCGGCCGCGGCGGAGGAGGCCAAGGCGGAGCUGGCGGCGGAGGUCCGGGAGUCCAAGGAUGCCGUGGAGGCGGCCGAGCGCUUCAAAGCGGACUUGCAGAAGGCCCUGGCGAAUUUGAAGGACCGGAUCCUGGCGUUGGAGGCGGAGCUGCCGGCUUUGGAGGCGGAGCCUGAGGCCAGCGAGAGAGGCUCAGCAGGUGUCCAAGACGAAGGUGGUGACCCGGUCAGCAUGGUUGGCCUCUCCGCAUGGUGCGCGCGGCGCAGGGCGCAGGAGGUUGUGUCCAUCGAGGAGCUUGGAAGCCGCUUGGAGGGCCUGACGAAGCGAGCACGCUCCUGGGAACGGGGCAAGGCAGAGGUGGAGGCCAGGAUGGAGAUCUUGGCAGCUUCUGCGACGGCCGCGGAGCAGCACUUGCAAGAAGCAAAGGAGGAGGGCCAGACUGCAGCGGCGGAGCUGGCGCAGUGUCAAGACGAGCUUCAGAAGGCCAAGGAGACGGAAGCCGCGCUGACGGCGGAGCUGCAGCAGUCCAAGGCUGCGGCGGCGGCUUCAGAGGAGGCCAAGGCGGAGCUGGCGGCGGAACUCCGGGAGUCCAAGGAUGCCGUGGAGGCGGCCAAGCGCUUCAAAGCGGACUUGCAGCCGGGCCUGGCAAGUUUGAAGGACCGGAUCUUGGCGCUGGAGCUGCGGCUUCCCGAUGAGCCCGCGCAGGUUGGAGCAGAUGAAGGCGAAGCGGCCGCCAAGUCGCGUCGCUUCUCGCUGUCCUGCUGUGGGCAACGGCGAAGGUCCCAGGAGGCGGGCUCUGUGGAGGAGCUUGGCAACCGACUGCAGGCCUUAGUUCAGCGGCUCGACGCCUUGAAGCGGGACAAGUCGGAGGCGGAGGCGCGGCUGUUCGCCACCUCCGCAGCGGUCACCGCCCUGGAGAAGCAGCUCGCGGCGGAAGCGGAGGUCGAAGACGAGUUCGAAGCGCUCCCUCCCUUUUGGGAGGAGAAGGAGCGGAAGCCGAUGGACGCUGCAGCGCAGGUGAGGCUGCAGAGCUUGGAAGUUGCAAAUGUCGACCUGGGGCAUCAGCUGCGGCAGUCCAAGGAGGAAAGCCAGGCUGCGCAGGUACAGCUGCAAAAGGCCAAGGAGACGGAAGCUGCGCUGGAAUUCGAGCUGGAGCAAUCCAAAGCUGCACUCGCAGCUGCCGAAGCUGACAAGGCGGAGCUGACGGACGACCUCCAGGAGUCCCAGGAUGCCGUGCAAGCGGCCGAGCACUUCAAAGCGGACUUGCAGCCUGGCCUCGAGAGCUUCAAGGACCGGAUCCUGGCGCUGGAGGCGCAGCUUGGUCGCGGCCAGCCCGGCGGCCAGCCUGGCGACCAGCCUGGCGACCAGCCAGGCGACCUGCCUGCGCAGGAUGGAUCAGGAGGCGCUGAGGAAGCCCAAGGUGAAGGUGAAACGGGCGCCAAGUCCGGCCGCUUCUCGCUGUCCUGCUGCGGGCAUCGGCGCAGAUCGCAGGAGGCGGCCUCUUUAGAGGAACUUGGCAGCCGACUGCAGGGCCUGACGAGGCGGGCAGGUGCCUGGAACGGGGCCAAGGCGCAGGUGGAGGCAAAGAUGGAGAUCUUGGCAGCGUCUGCUGCCGCCGCAGAGCAACAGUUGAAUGAAGCAAAGGAUGAAGGCCAGGCCGCAACAGCGGAGCUGGCGCAAUGUCAAGACGAGCUUCAGAAGGCCAAGGAGACGGAAGCCGCACUGACCGCGGAGCUGGAGCAGACCAAGGCUACAGCAGCGGCUUCUGAGGAGGCCAAGGCGGAGCUGACGAAUAAGGUCCAGGAGUCCAAGGAUGCCGUGGAGGGGGCCGAGCGCUUGAAAGCGGACUUGCAGGCAGCCCUCGCGAAUCUGAAGGACCGGAUCUUGGCUUUGGAGGCGCAGCUUCCCAAGGACCAGCCCAGCGACGAGCCCGUCCAGGUUGGAUCAGCAGCCGCUGAAGAAGCGCGAGAUGAAGGAGAAGCCGGCGCCAAGUCGGGCCGCUUCUCGCUGUCCUGCUGCGGGCAUCGGCGCAGGUCGCAGGAGGCGAGCGCUGUGGAGGAGCUCAGCAACCGCGUGCAGGCCCUCACAAGGCGGGCAGGAGCCUGGAACGGGGCCAAGGCGCAGGUGGAGGCAAAGAUGGAGAUCUUGGCAGCGUCGGCUGCUGCCGCAGAGCAACAGUUGAAUGAGGCAAAGGAGGAGGGCCAGGCAUCAGCAGCGGAGCUGGCGCAAUGUCAAGACGAGCUUCAGAAGGCCCAGGAGACGGAAGCCGCACUGACCGCGGAGCUGGAGCAGACCAAGGCUACAGCAGCGGCUUCUGAGGAGGCCAAGGCGGAGCUGACGAAUAAGGUCCAGGAGUCCAAGGAUGCCGUGGAGGGGGCCGAGCGCUUGAAAGCGGACUUGCAGGCAGCCCUCGCGAAUCUGAAGGACCGGAUCUUGGCUUUGGAGGCGCAGCUUCCCAAGGAUCAGCCCAGCGACGAGCCCGUCCAGGUUGGAUCAGCAGCCGCUGAAGAAGCGCGAGAUGAAGGAGAAGCCGGCGCCAAGUCGGGCCGCUUCUCGCUGUCCUGCUGCGGGCAUCGGCGCAGGUCGCAGGAGGCGAGCUCUGUGGAGGAGCUCAGCAACCGCGUGCAGGCCCUCACGAGGCGGGCAGGAGCCUGGAACGGGGCCAAGGCGCAGGUGGAGGCAAAGAUGGAGAUCUUGGCAGCGUCGGCUGCUGCCGCACAGCAACAGUUGAAUGAGGCAAAGGAGGAGGGCCAGGCAUCAGCAGCGGAGCUGGCGCAAUGUCAAGACGAGCUUCAGAAGGCCCAGGAGACGGAAGCCGCACUGACCGCGGAGCUGGAGCAGACCAAGGCUACAGCAGCGGCUUCUGAGGAGGCCAAGGCGGAGCUGACGAAUAAGGUCCAGGAGUCCAAGGAUGCCGUGGAGGGGGCCGAGCGCUUGAAAGCGGACUUGCAGGCAGCCCUCGCGAAUUUGAAGGACCGGAUCUUGGCGUUGGAGGCGCAGUUCCCCAGCGACUCCGAGCAGGCCGAGGUGAAAGACGCUGAGGAUGGCCAGGAUGAAGGAUCGGCCAAGUCGCGUCGCCGCUCCUUGUCCUGCUGCGCGCGGCGGCGGACGAAGGAGGCGGCUUCUAUAGAGGAGCUUGGGUUCCGACUGCAGGGUGUUGCGGGGCGACUCAACGCCCUGAAGCAGGGCAAGGCAGAGGUGGAGGCAGAGAUGCAGAACUCUGCUGCUCAUGCAGCCGCGCUGGAGGACAAAGUGCGGGAGUUUCAGGCGCGGGAGGAGGCAACGGCCACCGCAGAGGCGCAGCUGCAAGGGGCCAGGGAGACGGAAGCCGCGCUCACGGCGGAGCUGGAGCAGUCCAAGGCUGCAGUCUCAGCUGCGGAGGCCAACGCCCAGGAGUCCAGGGCGGAUUUGGAGGCGGCCGAGCGCUUCAAAGCGGACUUGCAGCCUGGCCUUGAGAGCUUCAAGGACCGGAUCCUGGCGCUGGAGGCGCAGCUUCCUGGCAAUCACAGCGAGGUUGGGUCAGGUGCUCAAGGAGCCCAAGAAGGUGAAGCAGCUGCAAAGUCGCGCCGCUUCUCGCUGUCCUGCUGCGGCGGAUCCUUGGAGCAGGCCAAAGCAGCACUGGAAGCCGAGCUGGAGCAGUCCAAGGCUGCGGUCUCGGCUGCGGAGGAGGCCAAGGCAGAUUUGGAGGCGGCCGAGCGCUUCAAAGCGGACUUGCAGCCGAGCCUUGAGAGCUUCAAGGACCGGAUCCUGGCGCUGGAGGCACAGCUGCCCGGCGACCAGCCCGUCCAGGUGUCGACACGUGCCGAAGGAACCGAAGGCGAAGGCGAAGCGGCUGCCAAGUCGCGCCGCUUCUCGUUGUCCUGCUGCGGGAGACGCCGGCCGCAGGAGGUGGCGGCUGUGGAGGAACUUGGCAACCGACUGCAGGCUUUGGUUCAGCGGCUCGACGCCUUGAAGCGAAGCAAGGCGGAGGCAGAGGCGCAGCUGGCGACCACAUCUGCGGUCGCCGCCGCCCUGGAGCAGCAGUUGGUGAAGCCGGGCGAGCAGGCGGCUUCGGCGGCUUCGGCGGCUUCGGCGUCGGCGGCUUCGGCGCAGUGGACGGAGGUGGAUAUGGCGCUCCCCACGUUUGGGGAGGAUGAGGAGCAGGGCGCCACCGUUCCCGAGAUCAGCAACGUGCGCCUGCAGAGCCUGGCCGCCGCGAGCGCCGCGUUGGGCCGGCAGCUGCGGCAGUCCCAGGAGGAGGCCCAAGCGGCGCAGGCCCAGCUGCAAAGGGCCACGGCUGAGCUGGAGCAGUCCAAGGCUGCGGUCUCGGCUGCGGAGGAGGCCAAGGCGGAUUUGGCGGCGGCCGAGCGCUUCAAAGCGGACUUGCAGCCUGGCCUUGAGAGCUUCAAGGACCGGAUCCUGGCGCUGGAGGCGCAGCUUGAAAUCGGCGACCAGCCCGCCGAGGCCGAGGUGCGAGCUGACGAGGGCCAGGAUGAAGGCGGAGCUGCGGUGAAGUCGCGCCGCCGCUCCUUGUCUUGCUGCGCGCGUCGGCGGCCGCAGGAGGCGGCGUCUGUAGAGGAGCUCGGGUUCCGACUUGAGGCUGUUGCGGAGAGACUCAACGUCUUGAAGCAAGGAAAAGCAGAGGCAGAGGCCAAGAUGCAAAGCACUGCAAUUGCUGCGGCUGCCCUGGAACAGCAGCUUCAGCAGUGGCAGGAGGAAAGCAAGGUUGCCAAGGGACAGCUGCAGCAGAUGAAAGACGCCCUCGAGGCACGCGAGGAGGCGAAAGCCAGUGUGGAGGCACAGCUGCAAAGGGCCAAGGAGGCAGAAGCCGCGCUGACGGCCGAGCUGGAGCAGUCCAAGGCUGCGGUCUCAGCUGCGGAGGAAACCAAGGCGGAGCUGACGGCCAAAGUCCAGGAGUCCAAGGAUGCCGUGGAGGCGGCCGAGCGCUUCAAAGCGGACUUGCAGCCCAGCCUCGAGAGCUUCAAGGAUCGGAUCCUGGCACUGGAAGCGCAGCUUCCCGGCGACCAGCCCGCGCAGGCUGAGGCGAGAGGUGCUGAAGAUGGCCAGGAUGAAGGCGAAGCCGCGGUCAAGUCACGCCGCCGCUCCUUCUCCUGCUGCGCGCGGCGGCGGUCGCAGGAGGCGGCGUCUGUGGAGGAGCUCGGGUUCCGACUUGAGGCUGUUGCGGAGAGACUCAACGUCUUGAAGCAAGGAAAAGCAGAGGCAGAGGCCAAGAUGCAAAGCACUGCAAUUGCCGCGGCUGCCCUGGAACAGCAGCUUCAGCAGUGGCAGGAGGAAAGCAAGGUUGCCAAGGGACAGCUGCAGCAGAUGAAAGACGCCCUCGAGGCACGUGAGGAGGCGAAAGCCAGUGUGGAGGCACAGCUGCAAAGGGCCAAGGAGGCAGAAGCCGCGCUGACGGCCGAGCUGGAGCAGUCCAAGGCUGCGGUCUCAGCUGCGGAGGAAACCAAGGCCAAGAUGGAAAGCACCGCGGCUGCAGCUUCCGCUGCCUUGGAGCAGCAGUUGCAGCAGUCGCAGGAGGAGUGCAAGGCUGCCAAGGUGCAGCUGGAAGCGGCGCGGUCGGGCCAGGGCUCCGCUUCGGGGUCUCAGGAAGCUGAGAACCUCCUGUGGCUGCCAACCUUUGGGGAGGACGAGGAUGAGUCCAAGGACAACGAGGCCAAGGUGGCGCAGCUGACGCAGGCCGCCGCGGAGCUGCGGCGCCAGCUGGGCCAGGCCCAGCAGCAGCUCCAGGACGCCCAGGCCGAGCUGCAGCGGGCGAGGGCGGCGGAGGCCGGUGCCCUGGAAGCCUCGCGGGCCGCCAAGGCGGCACUGGCGGCCAAGGUCCAGGAGUCCCAGCAGGCCCUGGAGGCCGCGGAGCGCUCCAAGGCGGCGCUGCGGCGGCGCCUGGCGGAGUUCCAGCGCCGGGUGGCGGAGCUGGAGGAGGAGCUGCCGGCGCGGACUCAGGCGGCCAAGACUGCAGACACAGGCCGGCGCAAGGAGGCUGCUCUCAUCGAGGAGUUGACGAUCCGGCUGCAGGCGCUCUUGGAGCGGCUGCGGGCCUUGAAGCUGAGCAAGGCGCAAGUGGAGGCGCAGCUGAGAAGCGCCUCCGGCGCUUCGCGCCAGGCGGAGGCCACGGAGCCCCAGGAAGAUUUGAAUUGGCUCCCGUUCUUUGGCGAGGACGCCGAGUCGGCCCAGCCCUCCCCAGUGGAGGAGUCGGCCGCAGCCACGCCCAAAGCGCGGACACGCAAGCGCGAGAGUGAGGAAGAGAUCAGGACCCCCAAAGCCCGGCGCGAGGACGCUCGCAGAUGAGCAGUGAGCCCAACACAAGGGCCGAGAAGAUUUGAAUCGAACAGAUGAGCUCCGGCGGCGGCGGUUUAUGUCUUCGACCGCAUUGUUUGCGCGGAAGCCCCUCCAUCCUGUGCGUCU